AUGAAGGCCUUCGCAUAUUCCAUCUUAGCUGCAGUAGCAACAUGGCUGCCCCAUGAUACGACUCCCCCAACCCCCCUUGCCGCGAGGACUAGUGCUGCGCCGGGGAACUCCUCUGCGGUGAACCUGACGGUCAUCCCGUCUGGAGGAAAUCUAUCCAGUCCGUUGCUGUAUGGGAUUAUGUUCGAGGUAUAUGCCAGUCGCACCCUCCAGCGCAACAACGGUUUUCAAGGGGCCAAUCCCGGUCUAACUGCCUACAAGCCUAUCGGGCAAGCAGAUAUCAUGCAGGAUUACCUGUACCCGGUGAGCGGUGCUAUCACCUCUUCCCUGCAGGUAUCCGUACCAGCGAACGGCGCCACGGGCCUGGUCGGAUUCGCCAACACAGGAUACAAAGGCAUUCCGGUGGUCAAUACCACAUAUUGGUGCGAAUUCUGGAUGCUGGGUGAUUACACCGGAACGAUCACUCUCCAGCUGGCCGGCUCAUCCAGUGGCACGAUCUUCGCGUCGCAUAACAUCACGGUGGCCAGCACUCAGAACAACUUCACCCGACACACGACAAUAAUCAAUGCGACAGCGGCACCGGACGGCAACAAUGAGUGGAGGCUGCUGUUCAAUGCAUCUCGGGUGUCUGGGGGGACGCUGAAUUUCGGACUCCCCCAGCUGUUUCCGCCAACGUACAAGUCGAGGUCCAAUGGGCUCCGGUCCGACAUUGCCAAGGUCAUCGCGGAUUUGAAACCGUCGUUCUUGCGUUUUCCCGGGGGAAAUAACUUGGAAGGUCUGGAAGUCGAUAGUCGGUGGCAAUGGAACUUGACCAUCGGACCAGUAGUCGAGCGUCCUGGAAGGCAGAGUGAUUGGUUUUACCCCAACACUGACGCGCUAGGUCUGGAUGAGUACCUAUGGUGGUGCGAGGAUAUGAGCAUGGCUCCCGUGCUGGCCGUCUGGGACGGCAAGUCUUACGGCGACAUCCUAUCCGGCAAGGAGCUUGAACCCUACAUCCAGGAUAUUCUCCAUGAGCUUGAGUACCUUCUCGGCGCCCCCAAUACCACCUACGGAAGUCUCCGCGCCAAGAACGGACGCGUGCAGCCCUGGCCCAUCCAGUACAUCGAGAUUGGGAACGAAGACGACUUCACUGGGGGCUGCGCAACGUAUCCCCGCCGCUUCAUGCAGAUCUACGACGCCAUCCACCAGAGCUACCCCAACCUCACGCUGAUCGCCUCCGCCAGCGACCCGCAGUGUCUGCCUUCCAAUCCACCCCCGGGAAUCAUGUACGACUUCCACUACUACCGCAGUCCAGACCAGCUGGUCGCCAUGUUCCACGAAUGGGACCACCAGUCCCGCUCGCGCCCGGUGAUGAUCGGCGAGUACGGCUGUCGCAAUACCAGCUCUCCCGACGGGUUCUACUGGACGUUCAUGCAAUGCAGCUGCAGCGAAGCGGUGCACAUGAUCGGGCUGGAGCGGAACAGCGAUGUCAUCAAGAUGGCGUCCUAUGCCCCCUUGCUGCAGAACUUCCCCUACACCCAGUGGUCGCCGACGCUGAUCGGAUUCGACUCGAACCCCGGCUCCCUCACCCUGUCCACAUCGUACUGGGUCCAGAAGAUGUUCUCCAACCACCAGGGGCAGACCAUCCUGCCGGUCAACUCGACGGCCAGCUUCGGCCCGUUGUACUGGGUCGCGUCGCGGACCAACGGGACGUACAUGGUCAAGAUGGCCAACUACGGCAACGACCACCGCACGGUGCGAGUGACGGUCCCAAACACCACAGCUGGACACGUGGAGAUGCUAUCCGGCCCGCGGGAUGGAGUCAAUCUCCCGCACAAUUCGACCAUCCAACCCGUGAUCCAGAACGUGACGGGUAGCAAGGACAGCUAUACGAUACAGAUGCCGGCGUGGGGGGUCGCGGUGCUGGUUGUGCAUUAAAGCGCGGGAGUUACUACCACUCCCGUUGUGCAUAAGCUAGCAUACAA